AUGGCACGUCAGUCCGCGCUCUCGCUCGUGAAAGAUCAGGCGAAGGUGGGUGCGCUGAAGCGUCUGACUCUGAGCUCGUCCAAGACGGCAGGCCGGAACUCGUCCGGGCGCAUCACCUCUUACCACCGUGGCGGAGGGGCCAAGAGGCUGCAGAGGAAAGUCGAUGUGAAGCGUGGCACCUCUUCCCUGGGCAUUGUGGAGCGGAUUGAGUAUGACCCGAAUCGCUCCUCUAGCAUUGCUCUGGUGCGAUGGGUCCAAGGGGUGCAUUUCCGCCGUCCCAAGACUCUACAAGAGCCCAGUGCCAAGCCAUCAGUCCUGGAAUCUGUCACUGCUGAUGUCUCCAGUCGGUUUUCCCUUGCUCCAUUGUCAGCUAGAGUGCAUAAGGAAAAGGAAGCUGCUGCACUGUACUCUUCUUUGGGCAAUGGAGAUAUUGCAUCUCGUAAAUUGGGUGGGAGCUUGCCUAGGAUAGCAUUAGCUGGUGCGAAGCCCACUUUCUAUGCUCAAGUCAGAGGAAAUGAAGAAGAAAAACAGACCUUCUCUCUUUCUGGAAUUCAAAAAUGGGCAGCGGAUGAUGCGCUUUGGACACAGAGAAUGAAGCGCCAAGCUGCUCUCUCUUGGCAGAAUGAUCUCAAGAAGAAACCUUUGCUUCAGACACAGGCUAACCGCUUCAGUAGCUUGACAGCAAAGUCUAUUGGUAUGAGUAAAGGGCCAAAGGAAAAGGCUGAUUGUGUACCAGUAUCUUAUAUAUUGGCCAGUCACCAGUGCAUGCCAGGUAGUACAGUGAUGAACUAUGACUCCUCGAGACCUUCUAAGAGUGCAUCCUUUUCGCCAUAUUCCUCAGCUAAUCAGUUUGAUAUAAUUGAUCUCAACUCAAAGGUUGGGAAUUGCAUACCACUAGCCAAUGCAAGAAUUGGAACAUGGGUGCAUGAUAUUGAAUGUCGUCCUGGUCAGGGUGGGAAGAUGGUUCGAGCAGCUGGUACAUAUGCUAAAGUAGUACAGGAGCCAGGUGCACAUUGUGUUCUGCGUCUUCCUUCAGGUGCUGAGAAGAUUGUCGAUUCAAAAUGUCGUGCUACAAUUGGUAUAGUCUCCAAUCCAAGCCAUGGCACACACAAGCUAAGGAAAGCAGGGCAUAGCCGGUGGUUGGGCAGACGCCCUGUUGUCCGUGGUGUUGCUAUGAAUCCUGUGGAUCAUCCCCAUGGUGGAGGCGAGGGGCGUACCAAAGGAGGCAGGCCUUCAGUUUCUCCUUGGGGAAAGCCCACUAAAGCAGGGUACCGGUCACCAAACGUGGCCAGCCGUAAAGCUUCUUAG